AUACAAAUAUAAUUACAGCACAAAUUUAAGGAGAAAAUCAUUAAAAAAAAGUCGAAGAAAACAAAUGUCGUGGUUAGCUAGAUCGAUUGCUAACUCGCUCAAGCUUGACGAAGACGUCGACGAUGACACCAAUCCUGCUGUGAAUCCGAAAUCCGAAUUCGAUCCAGAUCCCAACCAAGCCUCUCCUUCCAAUUCCCAUUCACCAUCGGAUCCCAACACUCCACGUGGCGUCAAAGAUGACCUAUCCGAGCUCACCAAAACCCUAUCCCGCCAAUUCUGGGGCGUCGCUUCCUUCCUCGCUCCGCCUCCUCCUGAUUCACCGGACCAACAGCCCGAUCAUCCGGUGGAGGAAGCCAAAUCUAUCAGGUCUCCGUCUAAUGAUCCGGACGAUUUGUCCGAUGAGGCAUUGAUAGCUGGAAUCCGUAGUGAUUUGUCGGAGAUUGGUGGGAAAUUCAAGACUGGAAUAUCGCAGCUGUCUAGCAAUAUUAACGUCUCUGAGUUCACUAAGAUCGCUUCAAAUUUCCUUCAGUUUGGAUCCGAGGAAGAGGGUCUUGGAAAAUACGCCAGUGUAAACGCUGUCGGUGUGACCGAUGAAGUGAUCGCUUUCGCUAGGGAUAUCGCGAUGCAUCCAGAAACUUGGCUUGAUUUUCCCAUUCCCGAUAAUGGUGAUUUUGAUGAUUUUGACAUGUCUGACGAGCAAGAAGAACAUGCCUUAGCUGUUGAACAUCUUGCACCAAGAUUGACUGCUCUUAGGAUUGAAUUUUGCCCAGGAUUUAUGAGUGAGGGUUGCUUUUGGAAAAUCUAUUUUUUACUUCUGCUUCCUCGACUAAAUAAACAUGAUGCAGAACUACUCUCUACUCCCCAGAUAGUUGAAGCAAGAGCAAUGCUCAUGCAAGGGAUGCAGCACCCAGAAAAGGCUAAGACUGCAGAAGAUCAUCAUGAAAGUGGCACUGCAAAUAUAGCGGCUGAUUUACCACAUGAAGAGUCUCUUUUUGAGCCUUCUCCCGCUCAAUCUAAGCCUAUGCUAUUCAAGGAAUCUGAAACUGAGGUAGCCACUACUUCUGUAGCUGUUGAAAUUCCAACAGAAAAGCACCUUGUUCAGAGUACUGAGGUGCAGGUUGUUGACAAGUCUGUGAUCGAGGAAGUGUCAAUAAAAGAAGCCGAACAUCAACAUUCGACAUCUGGUUCUUCUGUAGUUUCUAUUGAGAAAUAUGAAGAUGACGCUGAUGACUGGUUAAAAGAGGAAACUUCGGAGGCAUUUGGCACAAGUUCUGCCACAGUCCCUCUUGGAAAUGAUGAGGAAGUUUCAUUCAGUGAUCUUGAGGAUGAUGAUGAUGAUGAUGUGCCUAUAAGUUACAAAAAAAUGACAUCUGGUUCUGAUUCUUCAACAAAAGACUCGAGAGAUUGGGUUCAGCUCGGUAGGAGCUCUACAGACUCAGUUAAAGAUGUUAAGUGUGUUGGUAAUGAACACUCUGGGUCUGAGCAGGUAAAUGCUCAUAACCCCGAAAUCAAGGAAUCAAAUGAUUGGCUUGAUAUCGAAGAAAUCAUGUGAACCAAUAAGCUUUGCGAUAUCUGUGUUCUAGACCCGUCUUCCUUGUGUUCAUGUUAAUACAUUGUGUAUGAUUUCUUCAGUUUGAGCUAAAGCUCUGGAAACUACGUGUUUUGUACAUAAAACUAUGUCGAAAUUGGAUAAUACGUGCUGAUGC